UCCAAAGUGCUGGCCAGCAGCAAAGAGGGCGCGUGGGGAGAAAAACACGUCCAUGACAUCAUCCGCCUUGUUGUGAUUCCCCUUCCCACCGGGUUCAGCUCGUGGAUGCUAACACAGGAUUCCCACACUGAUUUGCCCCUUGGUGCAACUUCAGCUCAUCCGUUACGGUCUGAUGCUCUCGCCCGCGUUGGAUUUACUUUAAGACUUGCGAUAGCUUUUUUUUUUUUUCGCUCCGUGGUUUGGCUUUCGACAUCGCCAUUGUUGGGUUCAGCAGAGUUAUGAGGACGACUGAAAGAUGCUUCCGGUGUAAAAGUGAUAUCUUUUUUGAAGGCUGUCGCGAGGAAGAGCUCUCCGCUGUGCUCAUGCGAUCGAGGCUAUUGUUAGAAGAAAUGAAACGGUGUCGGUUGGCGUGACACACCUGAGAUUGUUACAGCAGACCUCCAAGCACGUAUUCCUGCUGUUCCCCAUAUCCAUCGUGCCUGCGAGCGGAAAGGAUUCGUUUGUUUCGCCGAAUAUUAGUUAGAGAAGCCAUUCUAGUGUGUGUUAUUUCAUGGGGAUGUGUUCAAGGCAAGAGAGGAUUCAAAAAGACGUCGACAUCGUAAUUCAAAGGUGUAAGGCAGAGAAAGACUGCCUGUUUUCUGACUUUCGAUUCUCCGACUCCACCUUCACCUUCACCUACUCAAAAGGACCUAAAAGGGUGUCCUACUCUGUUCACGUCUCCGAUGAUUAUCCAGAUAACACAUAUGUAUCUAACUCUGAAAACGAUGAUGAAGUGUUAGUCACCAGGGAUCCAAUACCAGUGAUUUUCCACAGAAUUGCAACAGAAAUACGCAAAAAUAAUGAUGCCACCAGCUGUCUGUCUAUUAAAUCAAAACUUCAAACUGACAAAAAUGCGUGCCAUUAUGCUAUAGAGGAGGAUUCAGAGGGUGACAAUGAUUCAGAGGAGUUCUACUAUGUUGGACAGGUAAGUUAUGAUGGAGAGCUUCACAAACACCCCCAGCUGGAGGCUGAUUUGGCAGCCGUGAGGGACUUAUAUGGCCAUCAUGCAGUAUCUCUCAGGGAAUAUGGUGCAAUUGAUGAUGUGGACAUCGACCUACACAUUGAUGUCUCUUUCCUAGAUGAGGAGAUUGCACUUGCCUGGGAUGUGAUCCGGAGUGAACCUGUUAUUGUGCGGCUUCACUGCUCCCUCACACAAUAUCUGAAUGGACCAGUUCCCACUGUCGAUGCGUUUCAAGUGUCUUCAAAAGACAGAUUUGGACUUGGACAUCAGUUGAAAAAGAUAAUGCAAACCUUUGUCACACAGCAGUGGAAGUGUCAGAGCAAACAUAAACUCAGCCCACACAGCAAAAAGCAAACAGAUAAGAAGGUGAAGUCUCCCCUGCACAUUUUUUCAACUCUACGCAGAUCCCCCAGCUACCCUCCUCCUGGCUGUGUGAAGAGCAAAAAGAAGCUCAAACCUGAGCAGGAUGGCGUGUCAAAGUCCCACCGUCUGUUACGGCGAACAUGCUCAAGCACGGUGAAGCCAGAAAUGGACGGCUGUGUCAGCAAGUCGCACAAGCUUCUGGGCCACUCUCUCUCCAGCGACCCGCGGAUGGAGCAACAUCAGCCCCUCAAGCAGCCCCACCAGCUGCUGCCGAGGCCCUGCUCGACUGCUGUUAAACCGGAGGACUGCCCGCCGCUGCGGCCUCAUAAACUGUCGCCGCGGUCGAGCAUGGCAGAGCCUCGCUGCGAACACGCUGCUGGCAGUAGCGAUGGCGAUGCUUUGAAGCCCCACCGGCUCCUGGGCCGCUCCUGCUCAGGCAGUGUGCGGACUGAAGAGCUGGAUGGCCUGAAGCACCACCAUCGUCUGCUCAGCAGGUCCUACUCCAGCAGCACCAAGAUGGGCAAAAGUGACAUCUUUAAAGAGCCUGUCACUGAGAGCAGACGCCUCUCCCUUACCUCAGGGCUAAUUGGCAUCCUGGCCCCAUCACUCUCUUCCACACCUCAGCCAAACAUCGGCGCCAAAUCCAUUCCAAUCAGAGACAGAGGCUUCCUUGUUCAGACUAUGGAGUAUGCAGAACAGCGUAUCCCUGUACUGAACGAGUUCUGUGUGGUCUGCGAUGAACCUCACGUGUUCCAAAAUGGACCAAUGCUCAGACCCACAGUGUGUGAGAGAGAGUUAUGUGUAUUCGCCUUCCAAACGUUAGGGGUCAUGAAUGAGGCUGCUGAUGAGAUUGCCACUGGUGCUCAGGUAGUAGACCUACUGGUCUCCAUGUGCCGAUCUGCGCUGGAGUCUCCAAGGAAAGUUGUCAUUUUUGAGCCAUAUCCCUCUGUGGUGGAUCCCAAUGACUCACAAGCACUUGCCUUCAACCCCAGGAAAAAGGACUAUGACCGAGUGAUGAGAGCACUUGACAGUAUCGCAUCUAUCAGAGAAAUGACCCAGGCUCCAUACCUGGAGAUAAAGAAACAAAUGGACAAGCAUGAUCCCCUGGCUCAUCCACUGCUGCAGUGGGUGAUUUCCAGUAACAGAUCACACAUAGUGAAGCUUCCUGUUACUAGACAACUGAAGUUCAUGCACACAUCCCAUCAGUUCCUCCUGCUCAGCAGUCCACCAGCCAAAGAAUCCAACCUCAGAGCUGCCAAAGGCCUCUUUGGGAGUACCUUUGCUUUCCAUGGAUCACACAUAGAAAACUGGCACUCCAUUUUGAGGAAUGGUUUAGUCGUGGCAUCAAACACGAGGCUUCAGCUCCAUGGCGCUAUCUAUGGGAGUGGAAUCUAUCUCAGUCCAUUAUCAAGCAUAUCCUUUGGCUACUCAGGGAUGAAUAAAAAACAGCAGAAAGUUGCUUCAAAAGAUGAAACCGCUGCCAACAAGUCCAAUAUUAAUUUGCAGUCACAGAAGAAAGGCCAGAACCCCCAGUUUCUGCAGAGCCGCAACCUUAAAUGCAUAGCCUUAUGUGAAGUUAUUACAUCUCCAGACCUGCACAAGCAUGGGGACAUCUGGGUAGUUCCAAAUACAGAUAAUGUCUGCACACGUUUUUUCUUUGUGUAAGUACAGUUAUGUCUAUCUCAGCAUAU